AUGGUGAAUGUCAAGAAUGUCGCUUUCAAAGUCAACAAGCAGACGCCCAUUUCCCAGGCGCCUCCUCGGGCGUACGGCACCGUCAUCAACUGCCGAAAACCAGGUGGUAAGCGCGCCUUCAAGGAGCUGAAAGAAGUGCGCUCGCACUCGGUGCCGCUCACCAAUGUCUCGGGCUCCAAGAAGCGCAAACGAGAUGAGCAAAAGAGCGAGCCUCUCCAACGGCAGACUGGCUUCGUCACGUCGUCACCAGGCAAUGCGCAGGCGGCUCUAGCGGCUCUGCGGCAUGGCGACCAGCCGCUCAUCACCCAGAAGUGGAAGCAGAUCAAGCCGACCCGGUUCAGGAAGGGCAAGAUCCUGGAGAAGGGCGUCGAUCUGGAUUGCUGGUUCACCAUACUUUCAUUCUCAGACCCCGCGCAAUUGUUGGAAAUGCGCCAGAAGAUUGCAUCCUGCUAUCGCUUCCUGAGGGACAAUCCCAUGCUCUGGGUCCACAGCCGGAACUACUACUACGGGAGCGACAUGCCAGAGCCGCCUUCGGAACUCAACGAGUUUCAGUAUGCGCAUCUUCGACACGGCCACGGCUGCAUGAGCUGCGGCGCGCCGAGCACACGCAAGACGUACUGGGCCUUUCUUCGACGAUGGUGCAAAACGUGCUUGCAGUCCAAGACGGUCAAAGAGCACGACGCGGUCGUCAUGAUGCGCAUGGUCGGCAUUGACGACGUCUCCCUUCUGCGCAAGUGUCUCUCGUCUGGUGUCUUCGACUCGUGGGGCAAUUUCGUCGGCGUCGGACCGGCCAGUACGCACUCGCUGAAGACCAUCUACCUGCUCUCCGAAGUUCAGAAGCUCGAGAGGGAAAUCCGCGAUGCCACCACCCUCCACCCCGCCACGUGGUCGGCGGAGCUGCGACCCAGCAUGGCUGAAAAGGCAGCUUUGAUCGACGAGCGUCGUGCGUUUGCACGGAAGAUGGAGCUUUGGGAGGAAGCUACUCGCAGCAACAAGGCCAGCGACUACCAGGCCAAGAAGGCAGCGCGCAAGGCGUACUUUGAGCACAAGGCAUCUCGACUCGAGCCGCCGAUUAGCAUAAAGGAGAUGGAAGCCUGCCCUUCGUACCGCCGUGCCAUUGCCAUCCCCAAAGAUCCCAACAACACGUCUUGGCAACAGCUCAAGCCCAAGCUUGAGAAAGAAGCUGCCGAGCUGGGGCUUGGACGACUGGGCACGCCCGAGAGACGAGCAGGCACAGCAUCGGCGUCAGGCUCGGGCACAUCGACGCCCAGCAGGAUGCAGGGGCAUCAUCAGCCUUACCUGCACGCCAUCCCCGGCCUACCGGCAGGCCUUGUCCUGCCUUUUCCCCAUGGCCACCCGCAUGCGCACCUGCUUUGA